AUGCACGUACGAAUGAGUCACAUAAGUUGUAAAUCAUACAUCUUAAAAUCAUUUCCUCUAUAAAUAGAGCUAUACUCCAAUCAUCAUUCAUCUAAAAUCACUAAAUAAUACUAUUAAAUGAUUAAGAAGAUGAUUUCAUCCAAUUAUUAUUUUGUUACAGUGGUUAUAAUCUUGAUGUUAAACGUGGCAUGCGAGGCACAACUAUCUUCGACGUUCUACGAUAGUACAUGCCCCAAUGCGCUUAGUACAAUCCGAACAUCCAUCCGGCAGGCUGUCUCAAGAGAGCGGAGGAUGGCCGCAUCUCUUGUUCGCCUCCACUUCCACGACUGCUUCGUUCAGGGAUGUGAUGCAUCACUCCUACUGGAUGAUACAACAGGAGAAAGAGUUGCACUGCAAAAUGCUAAUUCUGUGAGAGGCUUCGAAGUGGUGGAAGCCGCCAAGCAGGCGGUGGAGGCGAUAUGCCCCGGGGUGGUGUCGUGCGCCGACGUGCUGGCGGUGGCGGCGCGUGAUGCCACGGUGGCGGUGGGGGGACCGUCGUGGAAGGUGACUCUUGGGAGGAGGGAUUCCCCCGCCGCCGCCAGCAGAUCUCUCGCUGAAACCGAUCUUCCUAGGUUUACCGAUCCUCUUCCCACGCUCAUAUCCAACUUUCAAAACAAGAACUUAAAUGAGAGGGAUAUGGUUGCUUUGUCAGGGUCCCACACAAUCGGGCAAGCACGAUGCGUGACCUUCCGGAACCGGAUUUACAGCAACAUCAGCAUCGACCCCGGAUUCGCGAGCACGCGGCAGCGGCAGUGCCCUCAGACCAACGGCAACGGCGACGGCAAUCUGGCGCCGCUGGAUCUGGUCACCCCCAAUUCCUUCGACAACAAUUACUUCAAGAAUCUGAUACAGAGGAAGGGGCUUCUGGAAUCAGAUCAAGUUCUUUUCAGCGGAGGAUCGAGCGACAGCAUUGUGCAGGGAUACAUCAACAAUCCUGCAACCUUCUCAGCUGAUUUCGCCGCCGCCAUGAUCAAAAUGGGAAAUAUCCAGCCCUUAACUGCUGGGAAUGGGAUUAUUAGAAGGACCUGUGCUUCCGUUAAUUAAUUAAUAUCGAUAUAACAAAUUCAAUAAAUCAAUGUAUCGUUUUCCAAGAAUAUGGAGUAUAUGUCAAGUGUAUAUCAGCUUUUCAAUAAUAUAUAUAUUUGUUUCUCUUUUUGCCUUA